GAUAAUAUUAACUCACGGUUUAAAGGAAAACUUGGCCGCCUCCCUCUACUCUUCUCUGUAUUUGAAAUUAUUCUUCCCGGUUAAUCGCCGAUUAAACCCAAUGAUUUCCGAUAUUCAUUUUCACCGAUGAAACUCGACCUUCUCCCUUCCUCACAACGUAGCUCUCACUGUCCGACCUCAUCCCACGGCGUUCUGAAACUGCCAUUUACAGCAUCAAGUUAUAAAGUGCUCGUGAAGCAACAUGCAAAAUGCACAGAAAAUGGCUAUACAUCGAAGCCUCCUCUUGGGAGGUAGCAGAUACGACUUUAAAGGGCCCGCGCAAUUGCGAAAAUUUUCGAGAAUGGGGGAAAUGCCCAAUUCAGAUUCUGAUUGGUAUCAUCCCCUCACCGAUGAAGAUCUCCGCGCCAUCGACUCCGUGAUUUCCUCCGCUCUGCCGCCGAAGCGCCACCGGCACGACAAUGCCUCCGCCCACUCUCCGCCCAAGCUGAGGCGACGGUUGCCCAGCUCUCUCUUCGUAUUCCAGCAACAGCAACAGCAACAGCGGGGUUUUAACAUUUCAACUGUCCCAUUUUCUUCUUGCUCUAGUCGCUAUCAUGGUACAAAUAGAUCUCCGGUUUCCCCAUUUCAAGAGAUAAAAUUUGGAGGUCACAUUAUAUAUAGCAGAACAAUGAAAGAGGUAGAAAGAUCUGCACAGGAGCUUCUAGAUUUUGUAGAAGCUAAGAAAAGAAAUGGUGGUCAGUGCUUCCUUGGUCUGGAUAUCGAGUGGAGACCCUCAUUCAAAAGAGGCGUCGCACCUGGGAAGGCUGCAGUUAUGCAGAUAUGUGGCGAUAAUAGCUGUUGUCAUGUGUUGCACUUAUUUCAUUCUGGAAUUCCUAAAAAUUUGCAAAGCCUUCUCGAAGACGACACUUCUUUCAAGGUGGGUAUGGGCAUUGCAAUGGAUGCAAAAAAGGUCUUGAAAGAUUAUGAUGUAUCAAUCAGCACUUUGCGAGAUCUUUCUGAUAUAGCCAAUCAAAAGCUUGGUGGAGAUCGUAAGAAGUGGAGUUUAUUAUCUUUAACUGAAAUGCUGAUCUGCAAACAGCUCCCCAAGCCAAACAUAAUCAGGCUAGGAAAUUGGGAAGCUAAUGUUCUAUCAGACGAACAAUUAAAAUAUGCUGCCGUUGAUGCAUACGUCUCAUGGUACCUUUAUCAGGUUUUGAAUGAUUAUCCAGAUCCUGUGGUAAAUGAAGCAACGGAAAUGGAUGCCACAUAAACGGCUCCACAUUGUCGUAUAUUUAUUGCAUUCUAUCAUCUGCAGCUCUGUGCUACAUAUCUUGCAUAUAGAGUACCUAAAGGAUGCGCCCUCUGCUUCUUGCUGAGGCUUGUUGCUAUUCUGGUAGAAACUAUAGCUCCUUCUCGUUCUGCUGCUUUGUGGGAUAAUAGUCCAUAGUUCUUAUAGAACUGGGCUUCCCGAUUUUUAUAGAAAGUAUAACUUGAUUCUCUUACAUUAUUGGGCAUCUAUUUAAUUUGGCCUGCUACAUUUUUGUCGCACAUUUCCCAGGGUAAAUUAUACAUGCAACGUGGGACGAAAAUUAGAGUCUACUAAUCUGCUUCAAUUUUAUCUACUUGAGUUUUAGACUCAGGAUUUGUUUAUUGAAGAAAUAGGACAGUACGAUAUAUGAAGAUCAAUGCAUUGCAUCUUUGUGAU